AUGAUAGGAAACGAGGAAACUUUGACAGCUUUAUGCAAAACCUUGAUACGAGAGUCUGACUUGACCAUCAUAUCUCAAAAGAAAAUAAGACGCGAACUGGAACAACGGCUCAGCUGGCCCUAUAUGAUGUUAGACAGGGAACCGUGGAAGGAAUUGGUGUUGAAAGUUAUCGAAGAAGAAUUGCAAUACCCGUCCUCUCCGCCACAGAAUCUUACAUCAUCCUCAUCCACUGAGAAAACAUCCGCGGACGAAACACGAGAAACAAGAGCCGAGUGUGAAGGAACGGCCAAACAAGCCAAAGAUAACGAUGCAGAACAUACCGAAGAAAAGAACGUUAGGGGCUUACGCAAUCUCAGGAGACGACAAACACAAAGGGACGUUCAGCCUGCCCCUGAUUCACGUUCUGUUCAAACGGAUGCUGCCGAAGACAAGAUUCAGGAAAAAUCAAUUGCAAAUGGUCUUUUCAAGAAAAGUGAAAUAGGACAUUACAUCGAACUCGAGAAGGAGAAGCGUUGCAUGAGAAGAUGUCCGUUACGUAUACAGGAAGAAGAUCAGGAUUUUGAUGCCGAAGAGUCAACAUCUACGAAAUCAAAACGUCUUUCUACCGCGACGCAUUCAGAUAAUUCAGAUAACAACCUUUCAGAAUCUGAUCUUUCGAGCGUGAUAGAUGACAAACCAGCACCUCGUAAGCGGAGGAAAAAUACGCAAAGUGGUAAAGAAAAAGUUACACAUGAGGAUGGCAAAGAUGAUACGGCGAUUAAAAAUUUAAAGAGCUAUGUUUUGAAAUGUGGCGUGCGUAAAGUAUGGUCACGCGAACUCAAAGAUUUAUCAAAGAAACAACAAAUCACCCGCCUCAAAUCUAUAUUAAACGAACUUGGCGUGAAAGGUCGUCCCACUGCCGAAAAGUGUCUCCAGGUGCGAAGGACGCGUGAACUCCAGGCGGAGCUAAAUUCAAUGGAUGUGACGAAUAUUAUUAAUGACGAUGAGAAACAGGGGAGACGAACACGCGCUUCGAGAGGAUUGUUUAGUUCGGCAAAACAGAAAAGCAGUGGAGAUAAGGACACUGGUGAGGUUGUGACGGUGGGGAGAUCAUUGAAGAGAAAACGAGUGAUAGAGAAUGACGGUGAAGAUGAGGGUGAAGGCGAGGUUGAUGAAGGUGAUCAAGGUGAUGUGAGCGAAGAGAAUAAUGAUAAUUAUGAGAGUGAUGAGAAUAAUGAUAAUUAUGAAAGUAGUGAAGACGAUGAUAAGAAUGAUUCUGAUAGUUCAGCGAGCGAAUAG